AUGGUUACAUCAAUAAACAACACUACCGGGGCCACACCAGCCAUGGUAUUGGAGCGGGCUCAAGCUCUGGCACAAGCAUCAUUACAGCAACAGCAGCAACAGCAGCAACAGCAGCAACAACAGCAACAGCAGCAACAGCAGCAACAGCAACAACAACAGCAUCAACCUCAACAACAACCAGCAGCGACAACAUCAGAAUCUCAAUCUAGCGGCUCUUCUUCUACACAACCAUCAUCAGAUUCACAAAAGUUUCUGCGACCAAUGUUUAACACCAUUUCCGGGAAUGAAAAUACUCCCGGCUUAGUUGACUGGGCGUCUGGGGUUGCAGGAUCGCUUGCGGAAACAUGGAAUACAUUUUACAAGUUUGCAUCAACAAGCCGGCAAUCAGACUCUAUCAUAUAUGCAAAACCACGGAAGGAGGCUUACCUGCAAAAUACACGAACAUAUGGGACUGUUUCGGAAACAGCAAGACGGGCUGGGUCGAUAUCUGGGUUAUGGGAUGGUUCUGUUGAACAGUCUGGGUCCAAACCCGGAACUUCUUUACAAGCUGAUAAGAAAGAAGAUGGGAAUAGUAGUACAGGAACUUCAUUAUUACAAACAAGUGCUGGACCAUCUCAUACGGGAUCAGUAGCAUCAGUGACAUCAGUGGCAACUGUACGAGCAGUGUCUGGGGCUACAACAAUUAUUGGAACGCCUGUUCCUGUGAUUGCACCAGUUCCUGAAACACCAGCGCCUGCAUCAAGCCAGGAAGUGUCUGGGCCUUCACCGCCCCUUUCCCCAGGUGCCCCGGGUCCUCCUUCUGAUACAGACUCAUCUGUAUUGCCACCACUUUUACCAUCAGUGGGGAGUUUUGGGGCGGGUGCAACAACAAGUGACCGCAAUAUCAUUGAGCUAUGGACAAUGAUGGCAUUACGUUAUAUCAUGUGCGGACAGCUUUUAUUUUCACCAGCUAAAGAUAGUCCUCGACACACAGUACUUGACAUUCAAGGGAUGUUUGAGGACCAGUGGUCGUGGCAAAUUGCAUUGGAUAAUCCAUCAUCUGUGAUUUACGGAUUCAAAUUUACAAAUAGUAAGGUUCGAGCAGCGCCAAAAUCAACACAACAGCCGCAGCCGGAACAUGAUCAUCAACAUAACCACCAUAACCAUCACCACCACCACCAUCAUAAGAAGAAGAAUGAGGAUUUAAAUGAUAAUAAUACCCAGUGCGGAUACAAUGGUGAUGAAAUUAAGAAGGGAGCACCGAAACCAGCGGUUGCAGCUGCUAAGCAGAAGAAACAACAAGUUGAGAAACCCCAGUUUUCAGCAAAAUACCUAGAUCCGCGGGGGAGCAUUAUUGUAGAGCCAACUUCAUCAGAACAAUCAGCAUCUCCUAAAAAGACAAUUAUUGAAGAUUCAGUACCACCCCCACAUUCACGGGAAAAUAGUUCAGAGGAAGAGGUUGAUGAUACAGUGAUUUUUUCAUCUGGAAGUCUGGUGGCCACUCCACGUGCACGCUCAGAAGUACAAAGUGUAGGGUCUGCAGCGUCAAUGGUGACAGCAGCGUCACGGCCACCUGAGGGUUCAGUAGGCACACGGACAAGCACUGCUGUUUCUCGGGAGGGAUCGUGGACAUCAAGAAUUGGGGAUGAAAAAUCUGCGCAGAGUAUGCAGAGUAUGCAGAGCAUGCAGAGCACUCAGAGCACUCAGAGCACUCAGAGCACUCAAAGCACUCAAAGCGCACAAAGCUCUCGGAGUCUGGUGAGUACUCAAAGCACUAUGAGCACUCAGAGUGUGCACAGCGCACAAACACCAAUGUCAUCUUACUGUGAUGCGCUGCCGCCACCUACAGAAUCAUUGUCUUUGGAUGAUGAGGGAUCAGCUUCACCCAAGACUGCAGCUUGUUUUGUGGAUCCACCUGAAUCACCAAGUGUUUCCAAUUUAAACUUGGUAGAAUCUCCCAGAUCAGGAACUCCACAGUUGCAAUCUCCUAGAGAACCACCGAAAACAACUUCACCACCAUUAUUAGCCUCAUCGAAGGAUGAAGAAGAAAAUGGUGAAGAUGAAUCACCAUUGAUGUACCUACUAUUCCCCACACCACAAACCGAAGCUGCUGAGCCGACAGGUCCUGCAAACUAUAUUCCCUGUGUGGGACAUUCACUUACACAAAUGCCAUUUGAUGAUAAUACAUUUGAUGUAGUAAGUGCCAAAUCUUUAUGGUACUUUGUGCGACAUGAUGAGUGGGAGGCUGUACUAGGAGAGAUUUUCCGAGUUUUGCGACCCGGCGGGUAUGUUGAGUUAGUUGUUUCAGACUACGCUAUUCUCAACGGGACCCCUGCAGAUGAGUACUGGUGGUCACGCCUACGAGCAAACCUGGAAGCUCGGUCGUUGGACCCAUAUCCUAGUAACAAAAUAGCUCAACGCCUAUACUCUGUUGGAUUUAUGGGAGUGACCCAGUCACUGGUGACACUCCCACGGAGCUGGGGUGGCCAGGUCGGACAACUAGCUGAGUUUCUAUGCAUGUACUACAGCGACUCACUUUUCCGGGCAUUUGGCGGGCUUACAGUCCAAGAGUACGAUCUGUUUAAGGCGCAGACACGGGUACCACCUGCAGGCGGGUACCCGGCAGCACAGAUAUUAUUAGUGUAUGCACAGAAACCUUUGCCCGAGAAGAGAGGGUGA